CCCAUCCCAUCCCCCAUCCCGCACCCUUCGCGCCGCGUCGCAUCAUCAUCUUGCCCGCGUCAAUCCGUGUGCAACACCCGCAUCCUGCUCUCCGUGACUGGGCGCUACUCUGUUUGCCCAUUACCACGCUCAUUCAAGCCUCGCUCGAGGCCCGCCUGCCCCCUUCUUCCCUUUGCACGAGCCAGUGCCGUCGUCUGCCUUCCUCGAAGCGUCCUCCGUCUCCGCCACAGCGAAACGCCGUCACGAUGCCUGGCCUCGUCUCUGCGACCGGCGUCCUGGCCUUUCUGGCCGACGAGGAGCCCGAGCUCAAGGUCUUUGCCCUGCAGACCCUCAACGAUGAUAUUGACACCGUUUGGACCGAGGUGGCCGGAGCUUUGAGCCAAAUCGAGGCCCUGUACGAAGACGAAACGUUCCCCGAGCGCCAGCUGGCUGCUCUCGUCCUGGCCAAGGUCUACUAUCACCUCCAAGCCUACAACGACAGCAUGGUCUUUGCUCUCGCCGCCGGUGACCUCUUCAAGCUUGACGCACCGGGCGAGUUCGAGGAGACCAUCAUCUCCAAGUGCGUCGACCAGUACAUCGCCGUCACCGCCGCCAAACAUGCCAAGCCCAAGGCCUCUAAGAACGCCGACCUGCCCGAGCUCACCACUACCUUCUCCAAUGCCUCUGAUGGCGCCGUCAUGUCCCCGACGACACCUUUUUCGCAGACGACCCUUCCGCCCAAGUCCCUGCUCUCCCGCGCGUCCAUCGACAACACCAUAUUCGAUGCUACCUUCCAACCGCUAACCAAGCAAGGUCGCUCGGCCUCCAUUGCUCAGCUCCCCGACCGCGCCACAGAGGCCUCCCUGCAGCGUGUCAUUGAGCGCCUCUUUGAGAGCUGCCUGAAGCAGGGCCGUUACAGGCAGGUUGUUGGUAUCGCCGUCGAAGCAAAGAAUCUCGACAUUCUCCGCCGGGUUAUUAAGCGUGCCAGCGACGACGAGAAACGCGCCAAGACGAAGUCGCAAGACGGCCCUGGCCCUGCCGAGGAGCUCAUGGAGUACUCGUUAGGCAUCUGCAUGGAUAUUGUGCAGGAGCGCGGCUUCCGCACCGAAAUUCUCCGCCUGAUCCUCGACCUGCUCAACGAUAUACCGAACCCGGACUACUUCGCCAUUGCCCGAUGCGUCGUCUACCUCAACUCCGACGAGGAGGCCUCCCGCAUGCUACGGACCCUUGUCGACAACGGCGAUCGCACAUCCAUCGCCAAUGCCUACCAAAUCGCCUUUGAUCUGUACGACAAUGGCACACAAGAGUUCCUUGGCAAGGUGCUAGACUCCCUGCCGUCGGGAAAGCAGCUGGAGAAGGCAGAGGAGGUGGUCUCCGAGGACCCUAACAAGACCACCUCGGAAGACGCCCCGUUGUUGGAAAAUCAACAGGAAACCCCCGAGGAGGCUCUGCCUGAAGCCGUCGCCAAGAUCUACCGCAACAUUCGGUCCAUCCUGGACGGGUCCAAGACGAUCCGCCUCAACCGCGAAUUCCUCUACCGCAACAACCACACUGACUUGAGCAUUCUCAACAAGGUCCGCGACAGCCUCGAGGGCCGCAACUCCAUCUUCCACACGGCCGUCACCUUCUGCAAUGCCUUCAUGAACCAAGGUACCACCAACGACAAAUUCUUCCGGGACAACCUUGACUGGCUCGGCAAGGCCGUCAACUGGUCCAAGUUCACCGCCACUGCCGCCCUGGGUGUAAUCCAUCGCGGGAACUUGUCGCAGUCCCGCAAGCUGCUGGAGCCGUAUCUGCCGAGAACGGGCGGACUGGGCAGUGGCUCAAUCUUUAGCCAGGGCGGUGCCCUGUACGCCUAUGGCCUCAUCCAUGCCAACCAUGGCGCCGACGCGCUCGACUACCUCAAGACACAGUUCAUGCAGGCUGAGGAAGAGGUCGUCCAGCACGGAGGCGCCCUUGGCCUGGGCAUCGCCGGUAUGGCGACUGGCAACACCGAGAUCUUUGAGAAGCUCAAGGAUAUCCUGUUCCAAGAUUCGGCACUCAAUGGCGAGGCUGUUGGUCUCUCCAUGGGUCUCAUCAUGCUCGGCACAGGCAACGCCAAGGCGCUUGAAGACAUGAUCACAUAUGCGCAUGAGACGACCCACGAGAAGAUUGUCCGCGGCGUCGCCAUGGGCAUGGCGCUCAUCAUGUACGGCCGACAGGAAGGUGCCGAUGUUGUCAUCGAAGGCCUUCUGAACGACCCCGACCCGACGCUCCGGUACGGUGGUAUCAUGACGGUCGCUCUGGCGUACUGCGGCACCGGCAGCAACAAGGCGAUCCGAAAGCUCCUCCACACUGCUGUCAGCGAUGUCAAUGACGAUGUCCGUCGCAUCGCCGUCAUGAGCCUGGGCUUCAUUCUCUUCCGCAAGCCUGGCAGUGUGCCGCGCAUGGUUGAGCUGCUCUCCGAGUCGUACAACCCCCACGUUCGCUACGGCUCCGCCAUGGCCCUGGGCAUCUCUUGCGCCGGCACUGGCCUUGACGAGGCCAUCGAUUUGCUGGAGCCCAUGAUGAAGGACCCAACCGACUUUGUCCGGCAGGGCGCUCUGAUCUCGUUGGCCAUGAUUAUGGUUCAGCAAAACGAGGUGAUGAAUCCCAAGGUCUCGUCUAUCCGCAAGACUCUCAAAAAGGUCGUCGGUGACCGCCACGAAGACGCCAUGACCAAGUUCGGCGCCGCCCUCGCACUCGGCAUUAUCGAUGCCGGUGGCCGCAACUGCACCAUCGGACUCCAGACUCAGACCGGCAACCUCAACAUGGCGGGCAUCGUCGGCAUGGCCGUCUUCACCCAAUACUGGUACUGGUUCCCGUUCACCCACUUCCUGUCACUCAGCUUCUCGCCCACGGCCAUGAUCGGCCUCGACCACGACCUCGAGAUGCCCGGCUUCAAGUUUCACUGCGCCACCCGCCAGAGCUUGUUCGACUACCCGCCCGAGCAAGAGGUCAAGACCGAGGAGGGCCCCGCCCUGAUUGCCACGGCCAUCUUGUCGACGACUGCACAGGCAAAGCGAAGAGCACAGAAGAAAGAACGUGCCCAGCGUCGCGAGAGCAUGGAUGUUGACCCGGCCCCGAGCAAGGGCGGAGACAAGAUGGAGGUUGACGAAGAGAAGAAGAAGGAUGAGCCUAAGGAGAAGAAGGAGGGUGAGGAGAAGGAGGCAGCUACGCCUACCGACCCUAAGAAGAAGUCUGAGAAGGAAAAAGUCGGCUACGACAUGGACAACAUGAGCCGUGUUCUGCCUGGGCAGCUCAAGUACAUCAGCUUCCCCGCUGGCCGGUAUAAGCCAGUUAAGAAGCCGACGGGUGGCCCCCUGCUUCUGGACGACACGCAGCCCGAUGAGCCCAAGUCUCUCAUCGAGGAGAAGCUGAAGAAGGUGACGACAGAGCGCGCGCCCGUGGCGGGCCAGCAGAGCGCCGCUCGCGCGAGCCGGGCCGCGGCAAACCGGUCACUGUUGGAGAGCCUGGCGGCCGAGCACGGACGCUCCCCGCACGGGAACAACGCCGUGUUGGACAUGUUCCGCCAGCAGCAACAGCAGCAGCAGGGCCGCUCGCCGUUUGGUCUCGUCGACCCGCAGACGCCCAGCGGCGGUAGCGCUGGCAUGGGCUCGGGAGCCGCGGCGGCGGCCGGCGUCCUGACGGCCGUUGACGAGGACGGCGAGGGCGACGAGGAGGCGCAGGUGCCUGGGGAGUUUGAGUACUUUACGGACGCCGAGGACGAGGAUGAGGAGUAGCGAGCGAUAGCAGCAGCAGCAGCAGCAGCAGAGGCGAUGUACACCGUGUUUCCAUACGUGUAAAGUAACAGCAGACACUAUACUAGACGGGCCGGGCGGCGGUGGCCAUGGAUUCUCUCCAGGGCUCGUGACAGACUCGAACAAUGAAGGUUUUGAAACCGAACCACGUGGCAUAUCUGAAUGUCUCCAACGCGCCGGCUCGGCAUUGGAUCAUGCCGUGAUGCAUGGUGCAGACCCAUGGUACUUGUGUAUUUGUGUUGUAGUAUUGAGCUAAUUCAUAACUAGAACAGCAUUGCUACUGGACGUCUGUGUACCAGCGCCGCUCUGCUCACAUGGAAUGAUCCAAAUCCUCAGCGAGCCCCUGUUUUGGUCUUUGCUCGCCCGAAUGCAACGCCAAUUAAUAAAGACCAAAAUAUAUAAUGCAAGCUAGAUGCACCGGCCUGACAGGCUGCAUGCUA